GAUUUUUUUUUUUUUUUUUGGGUGUCUUUUUUCUCUCUAAUCCCUAUGUACCUAGUACAAAAUUUGCCAACCAUACAUGAUAAUCCCAAAAUCUAAGACAAACCCAUUUCAAUUCGGCUCCGAUUCUAUCCAACCCAUCUCACAAGAUUUCCUUUUGACCAAUUCUAUGACCCCCAAUAUUCUAUUUCUGACAGCUUAAAAACUUUCUCUCAUUUUCCUUCACUUUCCCGGGAAAAUAAAAUUUUAUUUUUUCCAACAUCCUAAUUAUGGCCGCAGCUCUUAGAUCCAAACCCUACAAGGAAACGACGUCGUUGACGGUCUCUCAGUUCCGGUACUUCCUACUGAACUACAUGCACGACGGUCGUAUCGGCACGGCAGCUGGUUCUCAGUGUGCGAAUCGUACGAAGUGGGACGACCCUUACAUGAACACCCCUUAUCACUUCACUUCCUUCAAGCCCGUGUCUUUGCGCGGCGAGUUCAUCGAAAAGGGUACCCAAUUCUCCGAUUUCAGUCGGAGAUUCACUCAGCUUGACAAGAAUUGGAGCAAUAGGUGUGGUGCUAAUGCUACUGUGUUGAGCUCUGAUGGGGGGGACCCGAGGGAGGUGUGGUCUGGAGAUGGGAUUGUGAUACGGUCGGGCAAUUCGAGCAUGCAUGUGGUUCGUGGUGGCGGUGGAGGUGGCGGCGGCGGCGGUGCGAGUGGCGGCUCAGGCGGUGGUGGGUUCGGGUCGAAUUCGAAGGAUGAGGCUUGGGGAGGGUCUAAUUUGGGUAAUAGUUUUCCCACGCCAAAGGAGAUUUGUAAGGGGCUUGACAAGUUUGUAAUUGGGCAGGAGAGGGCUAAGAAGGUGCUUGCUGUGGCUGUUUACAAUCACUAUAAGAGGAUAUAUUAUGAGUCCCUACAAAAGUGGUCGGCAGGAGAUUCAGGUAACAAGAAAGUAGAGGAAAUGGAUGAUGAUAAAGUGGAACUUGAGAAGAGUAACAUUCUUUUAAUGGGGCCAACAGGCUCAGGGAAGACAUUACUUGCCAAAACUUUGGCCCGGUUUGUGAAUGUUCCCUUUGUUAUUGCAGAUGCAACUACACUAACUCAGGCAGGAUAUGUAGGGGAAGAUGUGGAGUCCAUAUUAUACAAACUCCUUACGGUUGCUGACUAUAAUGUGGCAGCUGCCCAGCAAGGCAUUGUUUACAUUGAUGAAGUUGACAAGAUUACCAAAAAGGCCGAGAGCCUUAAUAUUAGUAGAGAUGUGUCUGGGGAGGGUGUUCAACAGGCAUUACUGAAGAUGCUGGAAGGAACAGUUGUCAAUGUUCCUGAGAAGGGAGCUCGAAAGCAUCCUAGAGGCGAAAACAUACAGAUUGACACGAAGGAUAUUCUCUUCAUCUGUGGAGGUGCCUUCAUUGACUUGGAGAAAACAAUCUCAGAAAGGCGCCAAGAUUCUUCUAUUGGAUUUGGUGCUCCAGUACGUGCCAACAUGAGGGCUGGUGGUGUUACAGAUGCUUCUGUUGCAUCAUCUUUAUUGGAGACUGUUGAAAGUAGUGACCUCAUUUCAUAUGGUUUAAUACCAGAAUUUGUUGGAAGAUUUCCAAUCCUUGUCAGUUUGUCAGCUCUAACUGAAAACCAACUUGUGCAGGUUCUUACAGAGCCAAAAAAUGCCCUUGGGAAACAAUACAAAAAGAUGUUCCAGAUGAAUGGUGUCAAGCUGCAUUUAACGGAAAAUGCCUUGAGAUUAAUUGCUAAAAAAGCAAUGUCUAAAAACACUGGGGCUCGGGGCUUGCGGGCAAUAUUGGAGAAUAUAUUGAUGGAGUCUAUGUUUGAGAUUCCCGAUAUUAGAACAGGUGAUGAUAUAAUAGAUGCAGUUGUAGUUGACAAAGAGGCUGUUGGAUCCGAGGGACGUGGAUCUGGAGCUAAGAUUCUGUAUGGAAAGGGUGCAUUGGAUCGUUAUCUUUCACAACAAAAAGUAAAGGAUUUAGAGACCACUGCAGAGGGGUCUGAAGUAGAACCUGAAGUGGAUAUAGAAUCUCCUUCUAUUGUUGCCAGCAUGUAACCUUUGGUGAAAUUCACUUGUAUUCUCACCCUUUGUACAUAAUAAUAAGUUAUACAUUUAUUUUUAAUAAUGAUAUAAUAUGCAAUUGUACUUUAUACCAUAGUCA